CGGAGAGAGGGUGUUCGCUGCCGAAUCCAUCAUCAAGCGGCGGAUCAGAAGAGGUCGGAUGGAGUAUCUGGUGAAAUGGAAAGGUUGGUCACAGAAGUGAGUAUUUAACAACAGACAUGGCGAUCUCUCUCUCCCUCUGUCUCUCUCCCUCUUUCUGGGCUCUAUUUUAGAUGAUGUGGUUUGAGAUGCCGACGAUGGCUGGCUGUCAAACCAGAACCAGCUCGAGCGGCGCACAUGCAUGCACACACACACACACACACACACACACACACACACGCUGCAGCAGCAGGCUAUUAAAAACAACACAUCCCAUGCAUGUUCCUCACAGGUACAGCACCUGGGAACCGGAAGAGAACAUUCUGGACUCUCGGCUUUUUGCUGCUUUUGAGGAAAGGGAGCGUGAAAGAGAACUGUUUGGACCCAAGAAAAGAGGACCAAAACUCAAGACCUUCCUCAUGAAGGCUCAGGCCAAAGCCAAAGCAAGGUCCUAUGAGUUCCGUGGUGAAUCUUCACGCAGCAUCCGCAUUAACUACCCAAACCCCGAGCCUCUGGUGACGCCGAGGGCCAGAGAGGGUCUCCGCAGUGUUGUCCCAACCAUCUUCCCUCCCAGCACAGUGAACCGGGGAGAAAGCGUCCGACCCCCCCACCAGGAACCACCCCGAGAUCAUCGUCCCCUUCUGUCACCGAGAACCGAAUCAGACAGGAUGGGCCACAUCCCCAAAAAACGGGGUCGCAAACCCAAGCUGUUCAGAGAGGGCUACGCGAGCGUCCUCCACUCAGAAAAGAGCAAGAUGGAUGAGUCCAUGUCGGGCAUCCCAUCCAAAAUGGCGCGUCUCGAACUGGGCGAGGACGACGAGGACGCUCUGAGCGUGAGGUCUCAAAAGCGACAGAACCCUCUCCUUUUUCCUCGUCGGAUGAUGGAAUGGACCAAAACAAGUGAUGAGUGCAGGACUCGAGAGCACUCUGGCAGUCAUUUCCACCGCAAGUACUUUAAACACCUCCGACAUCAUGGAGCAUUGAAACAUGGAGACAUGUCAGCCAUUAAACAUCAUCAUCCUCAUUAUCAUCAUCAUCAUCAUCAUCGUCAUCAUCAGCAUCAUCAUCACCAGCCUUCACUCAUCGCUAAGAUCCCCAUGGCACGGAUUCUCGGAGAACCAGAGGAGGAAGUGGACCAGGAGGAGGACGAGGACACAUGGAGACCCUGCUUCAGCAACGUGGAGAAGGUAACGAUUACAGACGUGACGACAAACUUUUUAACCGUCACCAUCAAAGAGAGCAACACGGACGAAGGCUUCUUUAAAGACAAGAGAUGAUUCGGUUCUUGUGACACACUUCGAUAAUUCUAUUACAAUAUUCCACCUGAGCUGCAGUAUCGUUACCAGAAUAUCGUCCAUCUGGAGAACAGGAUGAGGAGUGGAGGAUAAAUAAUGAAUUAUGAAGACAAACCUGAGGAAUAUUUUCAUAAUCAUGUAGAAUCAUUUGAGAAUUACUAAUAAUGAUUGUGACCAGUGAUAAUGUUAUUACAAUGAACAUUUAAAAUAAAGAUCUCAGAUUUCUUUUAGGGUCAAGUGACAUGUGAAGAACCAUUUUUGAUUCCCUGAAAACCUACUGCAAAGUUCUGGAAGCAUUUUAUUGGUUCCAUGGUGAACUCAAGAUUCCCAGCUCAGUGUACACUGUUUUUUUUUUUUUUUAGGAAACCAAAAAUGGUUCUUUUUCACUUUCCGUGUUGGUUUUAAAGCCCGUAGUCACAACCACAAAGUGUUUGUUUCUGCUCCUUUCUCAUCACCAUGUGCUGUAUUUGAUGAUCUCGAGAUAUGAACGUUUUAUUCUGUUUUCUGUGUUGAACACUGAACCGUGAUGGAGGACGUGCUCGAGGAGAAGUUUGCAUGCACUAGAAAAAGCUUCAGCUGUGAGCUGAAUCAGUGUCUGGGGUUAUAGAUGUGUAUCUGUUUGGCUCCCGGAGCCCUGUUCCUGUAAAAAAAAAAAAAAGACUACAUUUUUAAAAAAAAAUCACAAAUCAUAUACUAAACUAAAUAUAUAUGACA